AUGGAGAAACCUUGUAGUUUGUUGAUUCAUUUCGACAAGGGAACACCAGCGCUUGCUAAUGAAAUUAAAGAAUCAUUAGAAGGAAGCGAUGUUGUUGCAAAGGUUGAAGCGAUGAAAAAAGCAGUGAUGUUAUUACUAAAUGGAAAAGUUUUACCUGAGAUGAUCUUGAUUUGUCAGAAUUUAAGAAAUAAGCUUCAGCAUCCAAAUGUAUACAUACGUGGUGUUACACUUAGAUUUCUUUGUCGUUUGAAGGAGACUGAAAUUAUCGAGCCUUUGAUCCCGUCUAUAUUGGCAAACUUGGAACAUCGCCAUCCUUUUAUCAGAAGAAAUGCAAUUUUGGCAGUUAUGUCGAUUUAUAAACUUCCUCAAGGUGAGCAGCUUCUUGUUGGUGCACCUGACAUGAUUGAGAAAGCUCUUUCAUCUGAGCAAGAUCCCUCUGCGAAAAGAAAUGCCUUUCUUAUGUUGUUCACUUGUGCUCAAGAACGUGCGAUUAAUUAUCUUCUUACCCGUGUUGAUAGCAUUCCUGAAUUGGGAGACUAUCAGGCUGCUGCCAACACCUACUGUCAACUUCUACAAUCUCAGAGUGAUAACAAUGUUAAGCUUAUUGUGCUUGAUCGAUUAAAUGAGCUCAAAACUUCCCACAGGGAGAUUAUGGUUGAUAUGAUCAUGGAUGUGCUUAGGGCACUUGCAAGCCCUAAUCUCGAUGUUCGAAGGAAGACAAUUGACAUUGCUCUUGAACUAAUAACUCCUCGAAACAUUGAUGAAGUUGUUCAAGCACUGAAGGAGGAAGUUGUGAAGACUCAGAGCACCGAGCUUGAGAAGAAUGGAGAAUACAGUCAAAUGCUUGUUCAAGCUAUUCAUUCGUGUGCCAUAAAGUUCCCUGAAGUUGCUAGCACUGUGGUUCAUUUAUUGAUAGAUUUCUUGGGUGAUUGCAGUGUUGCUUCGGCUAUUGAUGUGGUUGUUUUUGUACGCGAGAUUAUUGAGACCAACCCUAAACUUAGGGUUGCAAUUAUAGCUAGGCUGUUGAACUGA